AUGAAAACGCUGACACGCGAAAUUAAUGCAAUGCUGUUGGCAAUGGAGAACUUGGGUGCAAUAACAGCGACCGACCGACGCAUGGCGAGAGCCCAAGAAACGGCCUUGGCCCGAUUCUAUGGUCUCUUAAAUGUGCACAUGGAGGGCGCUCCUCUCCGGCCAAUUUUAUCGCUUAAAGACACUCCAACGUACGGACUGGCAAGAUGGCUGUUUCGGCGCCUCAAAUUUCUGACCGCUGAUUCGGACACCACGGUCUGUUCGUCAACGCAAUUCCUGGAGAAGCUUAAAGGAGUAAGUCUCUUGCCCAAUGAGGUCAUGGUAUCUUUUGAUGUCACGUCCCUCUUUACUUCUAUCCCGAGAAUCUGGCAAUCGAGACCGUCCAGCUACUCCUACGAAACAAGUACAAUGAAACGGCGACUCGUCUCGGACAUGCCCAAAUCCUUCAGCUCCUAAAGUUCUGUCUCAGGACGUACUUCACGUUUGACAGAACAAUCUACGAGCAAGUAAAGGGAACACCAAUAAGCUCGCCGAUUUCGGGAUUAAUCGCCGAGGCGGUGCUACAGCGGUUGGAGUCGCUGGUCUUCCAACACCACAGACCGAAAUUCUGGGCUCGGUAUGUGGAGGAUACCUUCGUCGUAAUCGAACGGGAUCAGGUGCUAACGUUCAAAGAACGUCUCAACAGCGUCUUCCCGGACAUACAAUUCACAAUGGAGGAGGAAGAGAAUAACCAGCUGGCAUUCCUUGAUGUUCUCGUCUGUCGCAAAGAUUGUGGUGGCCUAAAGACCAAAGUGUUCAAAAAAGCAACGAACACGACGCAAAUUCUGAAUUUCAACAGUAACCACCCAAUCAGCCACAAACACAGUUGCGUAAGAACGCUAUUUCGGCGUGUGGAGACGCACUGCGGUGAACCGGAAGACAAGGUUGCCGAAUUCCAAUAUCUUCGAGAAAACGGUUACCCGCGCAACUUCGUCAACCAGUGCCUGCGCAAACAAGAGGAGCGACAAAGUCGCACCGACUUCAAAUUCUGGCGAGCAAUCCCAUGCAUCAAGAACGUCUCCGAGGCCGUUAGUCGCCUUUAUGCACCACUUGGGGUUGGAGUUGCGCACAGACCGGAGGCCACCAUGAGGCGUCAAGUGAUGAGACCAAAAGACCCACUGCAACGGAAAGAAACAUCUGGAGUCGUUUACCGGAUCUGGUGCAGUUGCGGACAAAGCAACUACGUCGGAGAAACUGGAAGACUGCUCCGGACGCGAAUCACCGAACACGUGGCAGCUGUACGGAGAAAUGACGCCAACUCUCAGGUCGCGGCCCAUUCGACGAGACCCGGCCACAAAUUCAAGUUCGAUGAGGCCGAAAUUCUCAAGAGAGGAUCCAAAACGUCAGGCGAAUAA